CAAAAACAAAAAACUCCUUCACCAUUCACCCCAGCACCAAUUUCGCCCACUUACCAGGCUCUCUCUCUCUCCUCCCUCUCUCUCUACUUUUUUUUUCCUAUCCUCUUCAACGCCUCUCACCUUCCUCUUCAUCCCUUCUCCCAGGUGCAUAAAUAUUUUCUUACACAGAGAUAUAUAGCUAGUAAAUUUUUGUGGGUUCUGACCAACGAAUUUGCUGAAUUUAUUAUAAACAUGGAGUACUGCAUUGAGGCAAAAGCGCUGAAGCCCAGUUUCUUCUCGGAAUACGCCGUGAAGUCGACCCAGCCGGCCACUUUCUUCGACGAAUAUAUGUGUGCCAACGGAAUUAGCGGCGUCUCGUGCGACGAUUUUUCCGUUGACGUUUUCCUUGACCUCUCCAACGAGGAAUUGUUGAAGGAGGAAUUUGUUGAGGAAGAGUCUGAGGAGGAAGAGAAGGAUUCUCUCUCUGAUUCUUCUCAGGACAGAGCGGUGGAAGAUGAUGGCUUCAAUUGCUCGACGUUUUCCGGCAGUUUUGACUGUGGGUCUAUCUCCGCCGGCGAAUUAUCCGUUCCGGUUGAUGAUUUAGAGCACCUUGAAUGGUUGUCUCUAAUUGUGGACGAUUCGGCCUCAGAAUUAUCCCUUUUAUGUCCAACCGGUACUUUCAAGGAGAAUACCAAGAACCGGUUGGAACCGGUUAGCAGACCGCCGAUUCAGAGAACUCCGAUCCUUUGUUUUCCGUCACCGGUUCCGGCUAAGGCAAGGAGCAAACGGUCGAGGUCAAGCGGCGGUGCUUGGUCGCGUGCCUCGUCGUCGCUCAGUGAGUCAUCGUCGACGCCUACGUCUUCAUGCGGGUCUUCUCCAACAUCCGUAAUGUCUUUCUCGAACCCGGUUCGGGCUGCGGACUUGAUUCUCGAACCGGUUGUGAAGAAGCAGAAGAAGAGACCGGCGGCGGAAGAAACCGGUGGGGAGACCGGAGGUGGGUUUCUCGAACCGGUUGUGAAGAAGCAGAAGAAGAGACCGGCGGCGGAAGAAACCGGUGGGGAGACCGGAGGUGGGUCCCAGACGCAGCGGCGCUGUAGCCAUUGCCAGGUUCAGAAGACCCCACAGUGGCGAACUGGUCCACUUGGUGCUAAAACCCUAUGUAACGCUUGUGGGGUUCGCUACAAGUCCGGUCGGCUUUUCCCAGAGUAUAGGCCGGCUUGUAGCCCAACUUUCUCCGGUGAUGUCCACUCAAACAGCCACCGGAAGGUGUUAGAAAUGCGGCGGCAGAAGGACGUUCCCGGAACCGAGUCCGGGUUGACUUUUGGGGUUACGAGUUUUUGAGACUAACGUAGACCGUUAGAACCCGGUUCGCUAGUUGUUGUAGUCCUUUUCCAAUAUAUUUUUUAUUUACGGUAGUGAUAGUGUUAACAUUUUAGUGGUUAGUAUAAGCUAUGAUAGUCUAAUAUUGCUCCAUCAACUCAAACUUUAGAUCUUUUUCUCGGAGACAAAAGGUCCUCUCCACGACGAGCCGGGCUAGAGCAUGUGUCAUUCUGGUAGUAUGAUUUUGGUGGGAUGUAGCGAAUGUGAUAUUUGUAACGUAAUUUAGUGAGGGUUUUUUUGGACAAUUUAGUCCUUUUUCUAGGGUUAGAGUAUCAAUUUAUUGUAAUAGUCCUUGAGUUUAGUUGGAUGAAGAAUGGAAAUUAAAUAGGGUCAAUUCAAUUUA